UGGGGGCAGGGGCGGCGGGGCCGCCAUGGCCGCCAGGGCCGCGCGGUGACUGACUGCGGCACGUCCCGCCCCUGCUCUCUCCGCCAGCCGCGAAGGCCAUGCUGGCCAGCGAGAGGGUGAAGCGCCUUUUGCAGCUGGUGCCCGGGCAGCGGCGCUUUGGCUUCUACAGGUUCCUGCCCUUCUUCUUCGUGCUCGGCGGAGCCAUGGAGUGGUUCAUGAUCAACGUCCGCGUGGGCCAAGAGACCUUCUAUGAUGUUUACCGUAGGAAACAAUCUGAAAGGCAGUACGAGGCAAGGAUGGAGAAAGGGGAAUUUUAGCUGAAACUCUUCAAGGGGGAGCUCCUGAGUCCUUCAGCUGUCCAAGUGCCAAAGCAGCAGCACUGCCACGUUGAAGGUGGGGGAAGAUGUUGGCUCUGCAAGAUGAACUGUGAUCCACACGUGUGUGUAAUGCACUCAGAUGGUUCUUCCAUAUCUGUAAUAUUUGUAUUUAAAUGAAGUGAAAAUUACAUUGUAUUUGGGCCUCUGGCACUAAUUUAAUGUUUGCCUCGUGCUUUUAAAUAAAGUAAACUGAGUAAACAGUC